GACCCCCAGACCCUGAUCAGGGGAGGGAAAGGACACUGAUGGAGACACGCAAUUGUAACGCCGUUAUGGCUAACGGGGCAGGGAAUGAGAUGGCACUGCUGGUGGAUGGCGGGGUAAUGGGCCAGGAGAGAGCACCAAUGAGGAGACUCAGUCCAGCCACCCAGCCCAGUCCAGUCAUGCAAGCGCAGGAGGAUGGAGAAAACCUUAUCCCGUUUGUCAAGUGUUCCAGGGUGGUCAGCCGAUCUCCACCACCCAGCUUGCCUUCCCAGAGCCUCAGACUGACGCCCCAGCGCUAUGGAGACACCUUCUGGGAGAACCUUAGUCAAAGGCCCAGCCCCACCUGGAUGGAGGAACAGUACAUCCCACCCCUGCUGAGAGCCACUGGUUGCUCCCUGCCUGGCCUGUACCCCCCUGAGGGGCUCCCACCCCCUGAGGUGCUCUGCAGAAGAAAGAGAAGGAGGCCAUAUUUGGCGGGAAUGCAGCAAGGAUCUGGGGGCAUCCCAGCCCGGGUAAGGGCUGUCACUUAUCACCUGGAGGAUCUAAGGAGGCGACACAGAAUCAUCAAUGAACUGAGGAAGGCCCAGUGGGGCAGCUCUAGGGCUCCGUCUGAGCCCCUGGUGCUUGACGACGACGGCUGUGGACUCCCCAACUCCACCGAACACCCUGGUCUGGAAGAGGAGAGGGCAAACUCUCUACGGGAAGAGGAGCACUUCCUCGCUCCUGGCAGGGCCCAGCUGCUUUGGUCUCCCUGGAGUCCCCUGGGCCAGGAGGGGUCUUGUCUCUCCGGACGGCCGAGCUCUCUGGGCUCCUUCAGCACGGCCACAGCCAGUAGGGACCCCCUUUACAAUCCCUGGGGGGUGGAGUGGCAGUCUGAGGAGUAAGGAGAAACCGCCCACGCCCAAGAUGCUAGCGUGCUCCAGGACCCACGACUAGUUCUGGGCGCUGGAAUCUCCAGCAUUUCUGACAUCAAGGCAUUCCCCCUUUCCCUGACCUUUCUCACUUUCCUCUCCCAUCCUCUGAACUAGGCACGAACGGGGCUCCCUUGGCCUCCCAUCUCUACCCGCCCGUCUCACAGGAGCUCCCCAAGGCCUGUCGUCCCGCAGGCCGGCUCCCUGCCACUGUGUUCUCUUUUUGUUCUGUUAUUAAAAAGCAAGCAUGUUGA